UAAAAACUCACUCUCUCUCUCUCUCUCUCUCUAAAUUUCUGGUUUUUUAGCUUUCUCUUUCACAAAUUUUAACUUUUUCUGUGUUGAUUAUCUCCUUAAAUUCAUAACAACACAUACAUAAUUCAGUGCGUGCGAGAGACAAAGAAGAGAGAAAGAAAAUUUUCAAUAGACCCAAGGAAGAAAGAAAAAAAAAGCAUUCAUUUUUCUUCUUCUUUGUUGCUUUUGCUUUCUCUUUCUCUUUCUCUCUUUUUCGUUUUCGUGGGCACAAAACAUCAACAAAGUAAUGAUUUUUUGUGCUUGUUCUGUUUUGUUUUUGUCUUUCCUUCUCCUUCUGGUAAACUAAGCUAAAGCUUUCAUGGUGGUUAUGAAGAUAACGAUGAAAAAUCCUUCUUUUCUCUUCUCUUUCGUCUCCUUCUUGUUACUCUGUUUCUCUACUUGUUCUCUCUCUUCUGAGCCCAGAAACCCCGAAGUGGAAGCUUUGAUAAACAUAAAGAACGAUUUACAUGAUCCUCAUGGUGUUUUGAACAACUGGGAUGAGUUUUCUGUUGAUCCUUGUAGCUGGACGAUGAUCACUUGUUCUGCGGACAACCUCGUAAUUGGCCUAGGAGCUCCAAGUCAGUCUCUUUCUGGAACUUUGUCUGGGUCAAUCGGAAAUCUCACUAAUCUCCGACAAGUGUUACUACAGAACAAUAACAUCUCCGGCAAAAUCCCACCGGAACUUUGUUCUCUUCCCAAAUUACAGACUUUGGAUUUGUCCAAUAACCGGUUUUCCGGUGAAAUCCCCGGUUCGGUUAACCAGCUGAGUAGCCUACAAUAUCUGAGGUUGAACAACAACUCAUUAUCUGGGCCCUUUCCUGCUUCUCUGUCUGAAAUCCCUCACCUCUCUUUCUUAGACCUGUCUUAUAACAAUCUCAGAGGCCCUGUUCCUAAGUUUCCUGCAAGGACAUUCAAUGUUGCUGGGAACCCUUUGAUUUGUAAAACCGGUCCACCUGAGAUUUGUUCAGGAUCAAUCAAUCCAAGCCCUCUUUCUGUCUCAUUAAGCUCCUCUUCCGGACGCAGAACCAACAUACUGGCUGUUGCGCUUGGUGUAAGUCUUGGAUUUGCUGUUAGUGUAAUCCUCUCUCUCGGCUUCAUUUGGUACCGAAAGAAGCAAAGAAGGCUAAUGAUCCUUCGCACAAGUGACAAGCAAGAGGAAGGGUUACUAGGAUUGGGGAAUCUAAGAAGCUUCACAUUCAGAGAACUCCACGUAGCUACGGAUGGUUUUAGUUCCAAGAACAUUCUUGGAGCUGGUGGGUUCGGUAAUGUCUACAGAGGAAAGCUUGGUGACGGGACAAUGGUUGCAGUGAAACGACUGAAAGAUGUGAAUGGAGCCUCAGGGAACUCGCAGUUUCGUACAGAGCUUCAGAUGAUUAGCUUAGCUGUUCACAGGAAUCUGCUUCGGCUAAUCGGUUAUUGCGCGAGCUCUAACGAAAGGCUUCUUGUUUACCCUUACAUGUCCAAUGGCAGCGUGAGGAAGCUGCACAAAGAGAUGAAAGUAGAGGAGCUUGUGGAUAGAGAACUUGCAACAAACUAUGAUAGAAUAGAAGUUGGAGAGAUGCUACAAGUGGCUUUGCUCUGCACUCAGUUUCUUCCAGCGCAUAGACCUAAAAUGUCUGAAGUGGUACAGAUGCUUGAAGGAGAUGGAUUAGCUGAGAGAUGGGCUGCUUCACAUGACCAUUCACAUUUCUACCAUGCCAACAUCUCUUACAGAAGUAUUUCCUCUACUGAUGCUAAUGGCAACAACCAAACCAAACAUCUGUUUGGAUCUUCAGGAUUCGAUGAUGAAGAUGAUCAGGCUUUGGACUCAUUUGCCAUGGAACUAUCUGGUCCAAGGUAAUUAUAAAUCUUCAACAAAGAGGGAGAAGAAAGAUUUGAUGAUAAAAGAUGAAGUUUUUGGAGAUAAUAUAGACUUGUAAAUGGUGAUGAUCAAACUCUAUGAAAAUUUCAGAUUCAGGGUCUAAUGUUUACUUUUAUUUUGGAUGUGUAUAUAUUACUUUUUUGUUGAAAGGUAUUUUCUCAAAUUAUGUUUUGGUCCCUGUCUCUCUCAAACUCAUUAAAAAUUUAUUACAGAGAAUUUUUGUUCUCAUAAAA